AAAAAAAGGAGAUACUCUGCAAAUGAAAAAAAGGAGCGGCCAUUUUCCCCUCCACAAAUUCAUUUCCCUCUUGUAAAAAAUUUGAAUACUCUUUCGUUUCCCUCUCUCUCUCUCUCCAAUUUGUUUUCGUUUUUCCUGAAUUGCUCUCUUCUUGUGCGAGUGAUAAGGAUUCUCAAACUAUUCAUCAAACCCCAUCGAACAAAUUUCUCUCUUUCGAACUAGUUCUUCAUCCUUUUCUUUUGGGCUUCUCUUCCUCCUUCGAUUGACAUGGCUGUGGGAGACAAGAGACCAUUGAAGCGCACAACGAACCCUGGCGUUCGAGUCGUCGGAGGAAGAAUCUACGAUUCCAGCAACGGGAAAACUUGUCACCAGUGUCGACAGAAGACGAUGGACUUUGUUGCGUCGUGCAAGUCCAUGAGCAAGAACAAGCAAUGUACCAUUAACUUUUGUCAUAAGUGCUUAUCGAACAGGUAUGGUGAGGAUGCAGAAGAGGUGGAAACCUCAGAUGAUUGGAUAUGUCCCAAGUGCAGAGGCAUCUGCAAUUGCAGUUUCUGCAGGAAGAAACGAGGUCAAAGCCCUACAGGGAUACUGACACACAGAGCUAAAGCAAGUGGGCUUUCAUCAGUCUCUGAGCUUCUACAGGUUGAGGGCUCUGAUAACUUUGCUUAUCAGAGGAAGACAAAGCAGGAGGAUGUUUCCAACAUUGACUCUGUUGCCAAAACAGAUGUGGAACUAGUUGAUGCUGCAGAGGACAAGAACAAAGUGGCGGGCAAGAUCAAGAAAGCCAAAGACACUAGAAAACUGAAAGAGGAAAUCAAGAACGCCAAAGACGCUAACAAAACGAAAGAGGAAAUCAAGAAAGCCAAAAACGCUAGCAUAACGAAAGAGGAAAUCAAGAAAGUCAAAGACACUAACAAUCUGAAAGAGGAAAUCAAGAAAGCCAAAGCCACUAAGGAACUGAAAGAGGAAAUCAAGAAAGCCAAGGCCAUUAACAAGCUGAAAGAGGAAAUCAAGAAAGCCAAAGCCACUAAGGAACUGAAAGAGGAAAUCAAGAAAGCCAAGGCCAUUAACAAGCUGAAAGAGGAAACUCAGAUUGAUGCUCAACUUCCUCAGGGUAUAAGCUUGACUAAUGUCUCAGGCAUUGAUAUACCCGCUGAAGAUACUGGGAAUGUAUUGCAGUUUCUUGAGUUUUGUUCAGUCUUUGGAAAGGCUCUUGAUUUGAAGGAAGGGCAAGCUGAAUCUGUUGUUGCCGAGCUUUAUUCAUCUGGGCGUAAUACAAAGAGACAACAAUACUGUACUAUUAUCCCGAUGAUGAUCCAGUUGUUGGAGUUCAUAUCAAAUGAUAGAGAGAUGCCUUUGUCUCUAAGUGCAACUGAUAGCACUUGGUUCACUUAUCUUGGAGAGUGCAUAUUGCAAUCAGGAGUUCUUGGUGAUGUUUUCCCACCUGAAACUUUUGAGUCAGGUGUUUCUGAGUUUAAGAAGAUGGAUGCAUCAACAAGGCUCAAGCUUCUCAUAUUCCUAUGUGAUGAAUCUCUUAGCACAGGUGCUAUGAGGAAAUUCAUUGAGGAUGAAAAUACGGAGUCUAAAAAGAGGAAAAGAGAAGCCAACCAAAAGGCUGCAGCUGCAAAGGAAAAGGAGAAACAGCUGAGGCAGAAGAUGCAAGGUGAUCUUGUCAAGGCCCAUAUGGAGAAAAACGGAGCUCCAUUGUCCAUUGAAGAGCAUCAUGCAAUUAUGUCUCAGAUAAAAGCUGAAGCUAAAGUAGCUCAUGGAGUGUUGCUGGAGGCAAAGGAGAAGCAAAGAUGUGAUGCUGUUAGAACCGAGUCAAUCCUAAUGAACGAUGAUGGUCUUGUUCUCUGGAAACUAAAGUGCUUUCAAGAAGAACCAAUGUUUUUGCUUCAAGAUCCAGGAACAUUUGAUGGUUUGUCUCCAGAUGAUAAAUGGUUAGCUUUUAAGCCUGAGCAGAAACAAGAGAUAGAGAAGUAUAUCUCUGCCAACAGGAUGAAACUGAUGAGAGCACAAAAGAAUGCAAAUGUGGAGAUUAAUUAAAAGUUACGAGCAUAGGCCCAUUAUGUAAUUUCCAGACUCAUUUCUUUCUUCUCUUUUGUUAAAUUGGGCUUCUUCUCGUGCAACUCGGUUUAAUUAUAUUGUAUAGAUCAGCUGAAACUGGUCCGAUCUUUUGGUUUAAGUAAAAACCGGUGUGGAGCUAUGAAUUAUUACGAAAUGCUUGUUUUAUGAAACAAAUUCUUACAUCAGUUAUAAAUCUAAAUCUUGCUUGGCAAA